AUGGCAGAGUGUGUUCAACACAUUGACGCGGAUAUUUCCCCCCAUGCAGCUUCAGACGCCCUCCUGCGGGAACUCGAAGAAGCCGGUGGCGAUGGCCUCGGCGGCCCUGGGACACCGACGCUUUUUACUUCCUCAUCUCCAUCGCACAUUGCCGCACCUGGGCUGAUUCAAUCAAAGUGCUGCUCUGCAGCGGCCGAGAAUCCUGCGGCAGACGUGGUCUUGGGCCCGUAUGCCGUCCAAGAAACCUGUGUCAUACUCGACUGGGACGAUACGCUAUUUCCUUCCUCCUUCGUGGACAGGAAAAAACUCAUCCAUUGCCGAGGGCUGGACGAGUUGCCUUCGGAGCUACAGCGGGGGUUUGCGGAACUGGAAAAGGCCGCCGCAGGCUUGAUUACAGCGGCGACAAAAUAUGGCACUGUAUUGAUCAUCACGAAUGCGCAGACUGGGUGGGUGGAGCUUUGUGUGUCAAAAUUUAUGCCUGGUCUUAUGGCUGUGCUAGGAAUCUCUGUCCGCGUCGUCUCAGCCCGGUCCAACUACGAACGGUACUUUCCUGGCGAUCCGUUGUGUUGGAAAUCCGCAGCUUUCGCCCACGAACUCACGCAGCUUCAGAAUUCUCAGGGACAUCCACUGAAGAACCUGUUGUCCUUUGGGGACUCCAUGGAAGAGCGCACAGCGGUGCAGAUCGCCGCGGGUCAUCUCCAAGGUGCCCGUGCCAAAUCGGUCAAGUUUUUAGAUGCUCCCAGCCCUCGCGAGUUGCAUCAACAGAUCGAGGUGGUCACGGACUGCCUGGAGUGGAUCUGGCGGCACAAUGGGGCCCUGGACGUAGUGUUGACGCUGGAACAGGAACGUCAUGACCCCUCGCAGAAGCCAACGGACGGGACGAACAAGACUGGAGAGCAUACAUCCGGACAACCGCAACUGCAGCCGCCGCAGUCUCGGAGAGCGACCACCUUGUCUCCUAUUUCGGUCCCGGCUUCUAUGGAGGGGGAUUUGAAUACACCAGGGUCAGAUACGGGCCGCGAGGACAAGUUUAAAUCCGGGGCGGCACCGCUUGUGGUGACACCGUCGGGUGUGGACGAGAUUGGGGAGCUUGAGCUCGCGGAUGCCAUGCAUGUUGUCACUGACGAAGAGGAAAGCGAGGACGAAAAUUAA